AUGCAUUCCUCAAUUGUCUCUCGUGCUGUCCACAAGCCCCUCAUUCAAUUCGUUGGCUCAAGAGCUAACCUGUGGAAGAACUCUGCACACCACGCUGGCCCUCACCCAAUGACGCCUGCCAACCUCGAGAAACACGUUGCCAAACCGGACCCAGUCCCAGCUCAAAAGCCAUCGUCACCUUCGUAUACUGCCGGCUCUGUUGAAUUCGGCCAGCGUCCUACUCGUUACUACCACACACCCAUCUCUGAAGCCGAAAUGGAAGCUAUUGAGUCUGGAGGUGCUAGCUUGAUUUAA